CACCGCGCGCGCGGCGGGCGGUUCGAGCUGCGGGCGCUUCCCCGAACCUCCCCUCAGCCUUCCCCGAGUCUUCUCUCACCCCUCCCUCGGCCUUCCCGCCGCCGCCCCGUACCCUCCCUCAGCCUCCCCUCCGCCUUCCCUCUCCUUUCCCCUCCUUUCCCUCAGCCCUCCUCUGUGGCUCCCUUCAGCCUUCCCGCCAUUUCCCGCCUCGCUCCCCUCCCCUCGAGCCGCCGCUGCGGCAGAGCAGAGCGCUGGGAGGAAACUUUAAAACAAAGGUUUAGAAGACAAGAUUCUCCUUGCUGUUGAGACUCUUUUUAUUAAAAUACUGAAUAUUCAUUUUAAAUGGCAAAAAAAUUAAAGCUGGAAUAAUACCCUAGACUUUUUCAUGUAUUUGGAUCUUGUCUGCUUACAAAAAUAUUUUCAUCAUGAGCUGUGGAAAGGAUUUUGUGGAAACUCUUAAAAAAAUUGGAUAUCCAAAGGCUGAUGAGCUUAAUGGAGAAGAUUUUGACUGGAUGUUUGAGUCUUCAGAAGACAGAUCAUUUUUGGAGUGGUUUUGUGGAAACAUAAAUGGGCAGCAUGUGGUAUCUGAAGAAGAACUGCAAGAUUUUGAUAAUCUUCUCCAGUGUGGUAAGCCUGUUUUGGAAGGAAACGCACUGGAUGAAGUCCUUGAAACCUUGGAGCCCAUGGGUUCAACAAACAGUAGCCAAGAGGAAGACAGGGAAGAAGUGGAGAAAUUAGAGGAUGAGCUUCAAGCUCUUCAAAAGUUAAAAAGCCUUCAAAUUCAUCGGCAUAAUAAGCUUCAGCUGUUGGUUACUACAAACAGCCAGUUGUUACAAACAUUCCAAAGCAGAGAGGAAGAAGCACGGAAGGAUUGGAAAGAAGGACUGGAAGUUUUUACUGCAGCAAAUAAUAAGCUUGACAAUGAACUGCAGUCUCUUAUAGCUGCAGUGAAGGAAUUUGCCUCUUUCUUCACUGCUUCAGAUUCAGCACAGGGGUCAGAUGCACAUCCAAUGUUUUUUUCCCAACUUUCUUUGGACAGAUACUUGUCUGUGGAAGAACAAAACACUGCAGCACUUACAUCACACAUAAAAAAGCUUUUUUAUGAAGCUAUGUCUAAAUGCGCUGAAAAUUCACAUGAAGGCAGCUUUCAACUUGAAGAUUUAAUCAAGCAAGUCCCUUUUGAUGAGGCUAAUGAAGUUUGUGAAGAGAGGCAAGAGAUAGCCAGGCUCCAGGCAGCGUAUAUUUGUGGUCAGAACCAGCUAAUUCAGCUGCAAGCUGAAGAGGAGGGCAUGAAUUCAGCUAUCCAGUGUGCAGAGAGCCUGCUGCAGUCCUUGGACAAGGAUAUUGGACAACAAGAAAACAUUGAUGCUAAAAUAUCUAGUUUAAGUGCUGAAAUUUCAGCAAUUAAACAAGAUAUAGCUCAGAUAAAUAAUGAAGAGCUGCUUCCCCUUCUUAAGAAGAAAGCACAACUUUUGACCGCACCAGUGGUGAAAGAAUACUUAGAUCACCAAAUUGCUCGGCAGGACUGUUAUGCUGCAAUUCAAGAUAAAAUAGGCAGGCAUUUGAUAAGACAGAAAACAUCAUUUGAACUUAUUCAGCUGGCCUGUGAAAUGGAGAUGAAGAAACACCAGGAGAUCAGCUGCCAACUUGAGAAUUUGGUAGAAUCUCUGAAGCAAAGCACUGAUGAGUUACAGCAGAGACUACAGGUGAUAGCUGAACGAACUGAACAGGCAAAGCCAAGGAGCACUAUUGGUUCAGAGGAUGGUUUAUCUUGCAGGCUGUAUCAGCUCCUGGAAGGAGGAAGUAAAAAGCAACAAUUGUUUAAAACAUACAAAAGCCUGGAGCAGAUGGCUCAGAAGUUGAAGCAGGACUGUGCUAGAGUAGAAGAUCAGCUGGCAGCAUCUGCUCAAGAGCAGUCUCUCCUUUUGUCCAGCCUAGAAGGGGAUGUGGAUGCCCUUCAUGAUGCUCUCUACUGUGGAACAAAUCAGAUACAGCUCCGGAGUCCGGAACUUAAUGAGCAGUUUCACCAACUGAAAGUGGAUUUAGAUGAGCUAAAUCGUCUCCUUAAGGAUCUGGUUGCUGAUUUGAAGUCGAAGAGAAGCUUUUUAGAGUCCAAUAGGCUGCUUCAGAUGGAAAGAGACUUUUUAACCUUAGAAAUGGAGCGGUACAUAGGAUGUGAGAUUUCUAAAGUGCCUUUAUCUAAUAUUGCUCAGAGGAUUAUGACAGCUUUGCAGUCUAUUCCUGUAGAAGCUCAGACUAACAGAGAAAAUAACCAGAGUGUAGAGAAGACAAAGGAAAAUAAACUAGGUUUUAAGGAUGCACAUCUGAGAAAUGAAAAGGAGGAUUGUGAUUCCAGAAUUGCCAUAUUAAAAACAACUGUCAGCCCUGAAAAAAGAACAGCUGGUCAGAUAGUCAGGACAGUGCAUAGGGAUAAAAUACUUGGCUGUCAAGAUACCAAAAUAUUGAGCUGUUACCAGGAUUCAGGGUUCCCAAAAUGGAGAUGUCAAGAAAAAAGUCUUUCAGUAGAAGAAAAAAACCUGAAGGAUGAGGAAAACAAAAUAGCUAUUCCUCUUAAAAGAAAGCAAGAUGUGUCUAUAUCUUGUUCAGAGAAAACAAGAAGAUUGCAUGUAAAUACCUACAUGUUCUUACAUGAAAGAAGCUGUACUCCUGGGCAAAAAAAGUCUUCUGGAAAGUAUCCUUGUGAUAUCAGCAGUUUAGGAUGUGAAGAAAAAAGCAAACUCCUUGCAACUAUACAACAGGCAGCAGCUUUUAUCACUACUAUGAUAUUUCAAGAUGGUUCUUCACAACUCAACUCUGAGCAGGCCUCUACCUCAUCAGUAAAAGGAGUUGUUGUGCUGGUGAAGAAUCAGACUGAUCAGCCUUGUCCUCCAGGUCACACUUCAACUGGCUAUACUUGGAAUGCUGCAAAUGAAAAUGAUAAAUUAAUUUAUUUAAAAACUGAACAGUCAUCUCUCUGGGACCAAGAACAAGUUCACAAGAAAUUUUCUUGGCAAGUGUUGUUUCAAAUGCUGCAGUGCAAAGUUCCAAUAAUUUGCUUCAAUGCAAAAGAUUUCCUGAGGACUCUACUUCAAAUUUAUGGUAAUGAAAUCAGCUGGAAACAAGUUGCCAAUAGUGUCGUGUUAGAUCCAAGGAUUGCAGCAUGGCUGAUAAACCCCAGUGACACAGUUCCUUCCUUUGAGUGUUUAAUACAGAAGUAUUUUGAAAAGCCUUUUUCAAAGGGAGCAGAAAAUACAGAUACAGGCACUUUGAGAAAUAUAUCUUAUCAAAACUUAGGUGUGAACUUGGAGAAGCUUUAUAAUGUAAUGAUGGACCUUGCUCAUGGCUUAAAGGCUCAAGGUUUGUGGAACUUAUUUUGCACAUUAGAGCUUCCACUUAUCAAAAUUCUGGCAGUGAUGGAAACACACAAAAUAUAUGUGAACAAACAAGAACUGAAAAAAACAUCAGAGAUUCUAGGGUUGCGGCUCAAAGAGCUUGAACAGGAGGCUCAUGAGGUUGCUGGAGAACGAUUCCUUUUGACCAGCAGUUGUCAGCUCCGAGAGGUACUAUUUGAUAAGUUAAAGCUCCAUACGCUGUGUGAGAAACUUCACAGAACUGAAAUACAACAGCUCGUAUCCACCUCAGAAGUUGUGCUAAAUAAAUUGCAAGAUCUUCAUCCUUUGCCUAAGAUAAUUUUAGAAUACCGCCAGGUUCAUAAGAUGAAAUCAACCUAUGUGGAUGGACUACGAACGUGCAUGAAAAAGGGAUUCAUUUCCUCCACUUGGAAUCAAACAGGAACUGUGACUGGCAGACUUUCAGCCAAACAUCCUAACAUUCAAGGUAUCUCUAAACAUCCAGUUACAAUUACAAAGAAACAGUACAUAAAAGGAAAAGAAGAGGACAUAAUAACUAUUUCCCCAAGAACAUUGUUUGUUUCAAAAAAAGGAUGUACAUUUUUAGCAGCAGACUUUUCCCAUAUUGAGUUAAGGAUCCUUGCUGACUUAUCAUCUGAGCCAGAACUUCUGAAACUGUUUCAAGAACCUGAAAUCACUGAUAUCUUUGCUACACUGGCUUCUCAGUGGAAAGGGAUUCCAAGUGAACAAGUGAAACAUGCUGAUAGAGAGCAAGCAAAGCGUAUCGUUUACUCUGUGGUUUAUGGAGCAGGUAAAGAACGUCUCGCUGACUGCUUGGGAAUUACUCCUGUUCAAGCCAGUCAAUUUAUAGAGAGUUUUAUGCAAAAAUACAGGAAAGUACAUGAAUUUACAAAGAAAACCAUUGAACAGUGCCGGAAUAAAGGUUAUGUGGUUUCCAUAAUGGGACGCAAAAGGCCACUGGCCAAUAUCAAUGCACAGGAUUACAAGCUACGCACUCAAGCAGAGAGGCAGGCUGUAAAUUUUGUUGUUCAAGGCUCUGCAGCUGAUCUUUGUAAAAUGGCUAUGGUGAAGAUUUUUGCCUCUAUUGUCAUUUCUCCAACUUUAACAGCCAGGUUAAUUGCCCAGAUCCAUGAUGAAUUGUUGUUUGAAGUAGAAGAUUCUCAAAUCCAGGAAUUCUCAGCACUGGUAAAAAGAAUAAUGGAGUCCCUGCAGCAAACCACAGCCUUGGAAGUACCACUGAAGGUUCCCUUGAAAGUGAUUCUCACCACUGGGAAAUCAUGGGGGUGUAUGACAGAAUUGCAGGAGAUGUAAAGCAGUCAUUGGGGAUGUUAUUCAGUACCCAAACACCUCAUUGGCCUGUGCUGAUUCCUCGCUGAAUCACUAGGCAACAGCGCUGCUGGAUCUUUCAUAAGCACCUAAUACUCUGCAUGUGAAUUUUUUUACUUCAUUUUGUCUGUAGCCCUAGGCAACAGCAGUGAGAUAAAACUGGUUUUUACCAGUUCAUUGUGUUUCCUUUAGCCAAGGUAUCCAGCAGGGAGCUGCUUUUGUUCACAGCUAAAUUACUACAUGUGAGAAAUGAAACAAGACAGUAUUAACCCUUUGGGAGCAUUACAAAUAUAUUUGAGUUACACAGAUGUUCAGACUUUAAUGUUAAAUAUUCUUGUGAAGUGCUUGUGUAAAAAUACUUAUAAGCUGGCAGUAUUUGAACUAUGUCAGAUGCUUAACUAUUGUGUUCAGCUUAUUUUGUAUUUUGUGAGUAGAAUGUAGCUGCUUGGUGUUCAUCACAUAUUAAAUGUCCUGUUCUUCAGUCUUAGAAAAAGAGUAAAUGAACUUAAUUUUUUUCUACAAUUUUGGAGCAAAACAGGUAAACAAAACUAGAAGCUUAAAUGUAUUUAUAAAAAGGAGAUUGUUUCCAUUCAAUUAAUUUCAAACUGAGUUUGCACCAUAGCCUUAGCAUACUUUAGAUAAAGUAUUACAGUUUUGCCUAAUCUAUUAUUUUUAUUACUGAUAUAAUGAUAAAUAUUGUUUAGAUAAAUUUCAGGAUUCAUCCUUAUCCUUUUUAGGAUCCAGGCUUUUACUUCAAUGUUUGGAUUUUUUAUUAAUAAUUUGGUUUUCUGUAGAGUUUAUUCUUCAAAUGAGAUUUGUUUCAUAACAUUACUGUUUUACAAAUUCUGUCUCUGUGCUUGUGGAAUAUGAAAUUGUCCUUGAAGUCUACUAAUUAUUCAGAAGUUGAAGUCAAGCACAAAACUUUUAAGAGUUGUUCAGUAUGUUUCAGCAUUAGACAUCAAAUUAUCACAGUAAUACAAUUUAAAUUCUAGAACUGUAUGAUUGUAAAGAUUUUGCAGCAUUUUUAAUUUGUAUAAUUAAUUAAUUUUACUUUGCACUUAAAGCCAUUAAACUAUUAAACAUU